AUGGCUACUAGACUCUCUGUCUCCGUCCUCUGCUCUUUCAUUUCAUCAUCUCCUCCCGUUGACUCUUCUUCUUCCUCUCUCGCCGUCCCUUGCUUCUUCUCUCCGAUUCCACGGUUGCUGACUCUUCGAGUCUCGACUAGCCUUAGAUCAAUCCCCAGGCUCCCGGCGACUGAUUUCCGCAGGUCUCCUCGGAGUCUAACGUCUUCGCUCGCCGUGAUGUUGCCGGAAAAUGCGGUGUUAUCGGAUGUCUGCGCGACUGGAAUCGCCUGCCUUGUCGCGUUCUCGUGCCUCGGUUUCUGGGGAGAGAUUGGCAAGCGCGGCAUCCUCGACCAGAAACUUAUCCGGAAGCUCGUGCAUAUAAAUAUUGGGCUAGUUUUUAUGCUUUGCUGGCCUCUGUUCAGUUCUGGACUCCAAGGAGCGCUUUUUGCUUCUCUUGUACCUGGACUCAAUAUAAUCAGGAUGCUGCUCCUGGGGCUUGGAGUUUACCAAGACGAAGGAACGAUCAAGUCAAUGAGCAGACACGGAGAUCGCAGGGAACUACUUAAGGGACCGCUUUAUUAUGCAUUGUCAGUCACAUCGGCUUGUAUCUUCUACUGGAGAACAUCACCAAUCGCAAUCGCAGUGAUAUGCAACCUUUGCGCAGGAGAUGGUAUGGCUGACAUUAUUGGGAGACGGUUCGGAACAGAGAAGCUGCCUUACAACAGAAACAAGUCAGUAGCUGGUAGCGUCGGGAUGGCAAUCGCCGGAUUCUUAGCAUCUGUUGGGUACAUGUACUACUUUGCUUCGUUCGGUUACAUCGAGGACAGUGGAGCAAGUAUGGUUCUUCGUUUGCUCAUCAUCUCUUUAGCAUCAACUCUAGUGGAAUCACUCCCUAUAAGCACUGACAUUGACGACAAUCUCACCGUCUCCUUAACCUCUGCCUUGGUCGGUACUCUACUCUUCUGA